UCCCUUCGAAACAUGUGUAGCCAGAAUUUGUUGGUAGUGCAAAAGGCGUUGACUCACUUUGGUCAAACUAACAUCUUCCUCUUGACCACAAGAGCAACGAUUCUUCUCAAAGCCAAAAUCUCAGUGAUUCUUUUUAAUUUGUUUAUCAAUCAAAAUUAAGAUUAAUUCUAUCAAAAAAUGGGUAAUUUGUGCUCAAUCACAAUCUCAACAGAGGACACAGUCUCUCGUUGUUGGAAUUGUAUUACAGAACGUGCAAAUUACACUUGUAAGCUUGAAAAAAAUCUUAGAGCUCUAAGUGUUGCAUUGGGGGAACUGAAAGCGCUCAGGGAUGACGUGCAUCGGAGGGUCGAAUGUGCUGAACAACAACAAAUGAUCAAGCGGCUUAGCCAAGUUCAAAUGUGGCUUUCAAGAGUGGAAACUGUGGUAAUGGAAGCUGAGGAAUUGAUAAAGGAUGGCUCCAAAGAAACUGGGAAAUUAUGUAUGGCAGGCUACUUUUCCAAGAAUUGCAGGUCUAGCUACAAGUUUGGUCGACGAGUGGCUACAAAACUUAAAGAAAUUGUUGAGCUAAAGAAGAAAGGAGUUUUUGAUAAGGUAGCUGAGAACGAACCCACGACUCCAGUACUUGUAAGACCGGCUGAACCCACAGUGGGCUUGGAAUCAACAUUGACUAAGGUUUGGACCUUACUCCAAGACAAAUCAGUGGGAAUGAUUGGUCUGUAUGGACUGGGAGGAGUUGGGAAGACGACACUCCUGACCCAGAUUAACAACAAGUUGAGUACUGCAGGAUUCGAUUUUGAUCUUGUAAUCUGGGUAGUGGUGUCUAAAGAUCAUACGGUUGAAAAUGUUCAAGAAAAGAUUGGGAAAAGGAUAGGCCUUUUAAAUGAGUUGAUGGCGAAUAAAAGUUCUGAUGAGAGAGCUGUAGAUAUCUUCAGAAUUUUGAACAAGAAAAAAUUUGUUGUGUUGUUGGAUGAUGUGUGGGAGCGGGUGCAUUUAACCAAAAUAGGGAUCCCUUUGCCUAGCCAAGAUAAUGGUUCUAAAGUAGUUUUUACUACUCGUUUUUUAGAGAUAUGUAAUGAAAUGCAAGCUCAAAAAAUCAAAGUGGAUUGUUUGAGAGCAAAUGAAGCUUGGAAACUGUUUCGAGAGAAAGUUGGAGAAGAAACCCUCAACAGCCAUCCGGAUAUUCCAGAGUUGGCUAAAAAGUUGGCUGAGAAGUGCGGUGGACUGCCUCUGGCACUAAUUACAAUUGGCCGAGCCAUGGCUAGCAAGAAGACACCCCAAGCAUGGGAAUACGCAGUUGAGGUGUUGAAGAAAUCUGCCCAUAAGUUGGCAAGAAUGGAACAAGAGGUGUAUCCUCUUUUAAAAUUCAGUUUUGAUAGCUUGCAUUGUGACACAAUGAGAACUUGCCUCUUAUACUGCUGUUUGUAUCCUGAAGAUGUUCUUAUUUUGAAAUCUGAGCUAAUUGAGUAUUGGUUCUGUGAGGGGCUUUUGGAUGAAUUUGACAAUGUAAUUAGAGCUCGAUUGCAAGGAUACAGUAUCAUUGAUUCUCUUGUUAAUGCUUGCCUGUUAGAAGAAGAGGGUGAAUACUAUCUUAAGAUGCAUGAUGUGAUUCGUGACAUGACUUUGUGGAUAGCAUGUGAAUCUGAAGCAGCUGAAAAGAGUUUCUUUGUUCAAGCAGGGCUCCAAUUAACUGAUACACCAGAUGCUGGGAAAUGGGAAAAUGUUAGAAGAAUAUCAUUGAUCGGAAAUAAAAUUAAAUAUCUCACAGAAACACCUACAUGCCCUAAUCUUCAAACGUUAUUACUCAACUAUAAUGAGUUGGAGGUGAUCAGCGAUGGCUUCUUCAAAUUCAUGCCUAAUCUAAGAGUUUUGAACUUGGCAGGUAACAGGGGUCUAAGUGAAUUGCCUGAGGGAAUUUCAGAAUUGGUUUCACUGGAAUGUCUUAAUCUAUCACGGACAGGUAUAACAGAGUUGCCCAUUAAGAUGAAGUGUCUGGCAAAACUGAAAUACUUGGACUUGAGGUACACGGACGUGCUUAGAAGAAUUCCACGAAAACUGAUAUCUAGCUUUUCAAAACUGCAAAUAUUCAGAAUGUUUCGAUCUGGUACUGGUGCUCCUGUUGAUCAUGCAAAUGAAAUGGAUCAAGACAUUCACUUCAACAGUGAUAAUGACGACGCAAUAGUGGAAUUGGAGUGCUUACAACAUUUGAAAAGGCCGAGUAAUGGUUUUCAUAAUCCAAAUGAAACAGAUGAAGACAAUCUCCUGAAUGAUGGCAAUGAAGGUCUAGUACAAGAAUUGGGGUGCCUGCAAUAUUUGAAUAUGCUGAGUAUUCACAUAAGAAGCGCUUUCGCUUUGGAAAGAUUUUUGAGCUUCCGCAACUUAGAAUGCUGCACUCAAGAACUAUCUCUUUGUGUUUUUAAAGAGACAAAGCUGUUGAAUGUUUUGUCUUUAGCAAAUAUGGAGCGCCUGGAGAGGCUCGAUGUCAGUGAAUGUGGAAGCAUGGAAGAGAUGAAGAUGGUGAGCGAAUUAGGGGAAGGAAGAAUGAUACAAACCUCACUGUUUCCCACACUCCGAGAGGUGACAAUAUUUGAGUGCGGCAACCUAAGGGACAUGACAUGGAUUAUUCUUGUUCCAAAUCUAAGGAUUCUUUGGGUAGUUAAUUGCGCUAAAAUGGAAGAAAUAAUGAGUGAGGAAAAGCUGAGUGAAGUCGCAAAUGUGGUUAUAAAUCUGAAACCAAACCCAUUUUCUAAGCUCCAAAACCUCGGUUUACAGUUUCUACCACAGCUGAAGAGUAUAUAUUGGGAUGCCUUACCCUUCCCAUGUUUGACAGAAAUUGUUGUAAGAGAAUGCCCGAAGCUGGGGGAGCUCCCGGUCAACGCCGAAAGUGCUAAGGGAAAUCAAAUCUGCAUUCAAGGAGAAAAGGAGUGGUGGGAAAGACUAGAAUGGAAGGAUAAAGCCACUCAAAAUGCAUAUUUGCCUUUCUUUGAACCUCAGUGAUGGUGAAAUGAAGCUGAA